AUGCUCCUCGUGAAGAAGAACCGCGUCGUUCCGCUCGCACAUCUCACCGCGGCCGUCGCGUGCUUCCGGCACCUCUCCCACGUGCAUCUGAGCGACAACAGCGUCGAGACCAUCGACGACGCCUUCCUCGCUCACCUCGCCGCUGCGUGCCCGAAGCUGGUGUCGCUGCACGUGGGCAAGGGCAUGACGAAGCAGUGGAACCGGGGGGGCGGGGAUGGCUUUCCGGUGACGGCGGCUGGUGUGGACCGUUUCGUGCGUCGCUGCACGCAGCUGCAGCACCUCUCGCUCUACUGCGUGCAUCCGUACGAGUACCUCCCGGCGUCCCUCGCCAGCCUCGCGCACCUGCGCACCCUCGGCCUCACCCACGCCGUACCGCUCCAGGUCCCAGGAUUCACGCGCUUGACGUCGCUCACCGCGCUCGCGCUCGACAUUCCCGAGGAUGCGGAUCUCGAUUUCGCGACCCUCGGUCGGCUCCCGGCCUUCGCCACCCUCUCCUUGUCCAACGCCACGCGGCUGCAACGGGGAAGCAUGGACGAGCUCCCUUUCUCGGUCGCGCAGGUGCCGUGGCUAAGAGCGCUCGAGCUCGACCCGUGCAGCCCGCCAUUCGACGAGCUGUUCCCGCCAGGACUGUCUUUCAGCCAUCUGGAGCGACUGCUUCUCAAAGGCUGCGAGGGGCUGGAGCGCCUCCCUGACGACAUGGGCGAGCGGCUGCCACUCCUUCGGGACCUCAGCAUCUGCGAGUGCAAGAAGCUGUCGCAGCUGCCCGAGCAGCUCACCGCCCUCACCUGCCUGGAGCAGCUCACCUGCCUGGAGCAGCUCACCUGCCUGGAGCAGCUCACCUGCCUGGAGCAGCUCACCUGCCUGGAGCAGCUCACCUGCCUGGAGCAGCUCACCUGCCUGGAGCAGCUCACCUGCCUGGAGCAGCUCACCUGCCUGGAGCAGCUCACCUGCCUGGAGCAGCUCACCUGCCUGGAGCAGCUCACCUGCCUGGAGCAGCUCACCAUCUCCUCUUGCGGCAUCGCCCGACUGCCUGAGAGUUUCGGGUGGCUGCCCGCGUUGAAGACCCUGACCCUGUCGCACGUGCAGAUGAGGGGCCUCCCAAACUCUUUCCACCAGCUCACCUCCCUGGAGGCUUUUAAUCUGCUCCACUGCGGUGCCUCCUUCAGAUUCCCUGCAGCGUUCGGUGACUUGACAGCCCUGCGGUGCCUCUACGUUCUCAAGUGCCCCUACUCGUUGCUCCCCAACGACAUUGGCGGGCUCACCAACCUUCACACGCUCCAUCUCAGCUCCAGUUUCCCGCAGCAGCUGCUUCCAUCCUCCUUCAUUCAGCUGACCUCGCUGACCAGGCUUGAGCUGGUGGAGUGUGGGAUAGUAGAGCUGCCAGGGGACAUGGGGAGGAUGAGCAACCUGAGGGAGCUGAUCAUCCAGCCCUUCUCGCACAUCACCGAGAUACUCGACUCCCUCACUGACCUCACCUCGUCAACCUGGAGCUUCUCAAGGCUGAGGAGCUUGAGCCUCAUAAGUGUGGGCUGCAUGCGCGGGCUGGUCCCGAGCAUGGUGCUGCCCGCCAUGGAGCACGUGGAGCUGUCGCUGGUGGGCGAGGCCGAGGACCUCCCACUGCCCCUAGAGUUGUUCCCCAACCUCCGCACCCUCAAAAUCCCAACUGCUGGCCGCCUGAAGAGUUUUCCAAAGAAGUAUGUUCCAGUGUUGCAGCGACUGCAGCGCAUUCACAUCAACCAGGCUGUCAAGUUGAGGGAGCUCACAGACAGUGUCACCGCUCUGCACCGCCUCACAUCCAUUGAGAUCCAUGCUCCCGAGUUCUCCUCCCCUCCCUACCAGAUGGUAUCGGCGCCUUGA